AGACAGGCAAUGGCAAUGAAGGAACAGAUAUAUUUUAUGCUGAUGAGGGUCAGAAUGGCUCCUCCUCUUCCUCUGGUCUUUCUGUUCAUGAUUCACGGGGUUUCUAGUGAUGAUAACGGUUGGGGUGUGAGUUACAGUCCUCCACACAUCUGUGCACUAAACGACUCAACAGUGAUAAUGACAUGCAAUUAUACAUACCCCCGUACUGGAUAUAAGAUCAUGAAAGUGUUCUGGACCAAAAAGCCUGUAAUAAAGGGUGUUGAGCCUCCAGAUCUGUCUAAGGAUCCUAAAUACCGUCAGAGGCUUCAGUAUCUGGGAGAUAAACAGCAGAACUGCACCGUCAGACUGAGUAAUGUGACACUGAAGGAUUCACACAUGUACUAUUUCAGAUUCAUCUCUAAUAUAACAGGAAAAAAAUAUAUUGGUGAUCCAGGAGUGAAUCUUACUGUCACAGAUCUUCAGGUGGAGUCUCCUGAGAGAGUGACAGAGGGAGAUUCAGUCAGUCUGACAUGUAAAGGCAGCUGCGCUCUGACUGACAGAGCAACAUUCAUCUGGUACAGAAACUCACUGAAGAUAUUAACUGAGAGUAAAUUCAGGAACACACUCAUCCUCAAUCCAGUCAGAAGAGAGGAUUCAGGCAGAUAUAGCUGUGCUGUAGACGGACACACACACGUCUCUCCUGAUGUUCACCUCAAUGUCAUGUAUCCUCCUAGAAACGUCUCAGUGUUGAUAAAUGGAUCUGGUGUAAUAGUGGAGGGAGAUUCAGUGACUCUGAAGUGCAUCAGUGACUCAAACCCUCCUGCUGUGAACUUCAGCUGGUUUAAGGAGAAUGAAAGCUCAGCUGUUGGAUCUGGACAGAGUUUCAGUGCACUACAGAGUGGACGCUUCUACUGUCAGGCUCACAAUCAACAUGGAUCUCAGAGAUCAGAUGCUGUAACUGUCACAGUUCAUCAUGUUGCUGGUAGGAAUGUGAUUGUGAUCACAGCGACAUCUGGAGGAGUAUUCAUCAUCUUCAUCAUCAUCAUCAUCAUCAUCAUCCUGAUUAUACUAAAGAAACGAAGGAGUGUUAAAGUUGAAGAUCAGAUCUCUGAUCCCAAUGAAGACACAUAUACAGCUCUUGACCUCAAGCUCACGACCUCUGACCUGUACGACACACUCGCAACCGUUGAUCGCAGACGUCCUGAAGACUCCUGAAGACUCUUGAUCCUCAACAUGAGAAUCCAUCAAUCAACAGGAAGAAGCUGCAGAGAGAGGCGGAGCACAAAUGAACCAAUCCUGAGCUCUGUGGGCGGAGCCUAAGAUGAUUGAUUUUAUUCUGAUAUACUGAACAAAAUCAUAAUUAUGCGCAUUCACAAUGGAAAAUGUAUCAGGUUUUUUUUUGCUCUCAGAGUGCUCAAUAUUAUAAUCUUCUGUCAUUAUAUGUUCCUGUAACUCUCCCUUUAAAUGUUCAAUUGUAUCUGUGAUCAUCUCAUAUUUGCUUUUACUAACCUUAUGAGUGCAUCGAUACUGUAGUGUUGAUAUAGCGAUACUCA